ACAUUCUCUGCCAAUUCACCAGCUAUAUAUACUCGGAUAAUGAUAGAAAGAUACAUGUAUGUAGAGAUAGAGAGAAAAAAAUGGGUUGCUGUAGCUGAAGAACAUCAGAACAAAGGACCUGACCCAAACCCUAGCCCGUACCGGCUGAACCUGUGAAGUAGUUCACGGAUCAGGGUUUUCAGCAAUUCUGGGGAUAUUGAUUAGGGUUUACUGGAAGAGGAAAAACACUAAUUGCUGAACAGAUAUAGAGAUAAAAACAAGUUGAAAUUGUUAUUUAAUAAAUUUUUCUUCUUGAGGAGAGAUUUUUGUUGAAGGAAAAGGCACGGGGAGUAGAUGGUUGGCAGGAAAUAUGUUGAUGAACCCAAUGUUAUCAUAAUCAGCUCCAUUUCUUCACAUUGGAAACACUGCAGAGGAUAAGAAUGCUGUCUUGAAUCCCCUUGGAACGCCCAGAAGAGAGCUAGAAUUCAUGCACACAACCACUACCAAUCCUUCAAAUUGCAAUGGAAGUAAUGCCAAUCCAAAUCGUAACCAAAAUUUUGAAGACGGAGAGAGUCAAGAAAAUGAGCACAAAGUCGAAGACGAGAAGCCGCCUGGAGAUCCCGUGAUUUCGAAGCCUUCUAUCUCAGAACACCGGCCUCGAGGCAGACCACCAGGCUCGAAAAACAAGUCCAAGUCUCCAAUUGUGAUAGCAAAAGAAAUUCCAAAUUCUCUACAUAGCCAUGUGUUGGAAAUCAGCAGUGGCAGUGGCAUUGCACAAAGCAUUGCCACUUAUGCACAGCGGCGUCACUGUGGUGUUUUGGUUUUGAGUGGCACUGGAGUUGUAACCAAUGCGACCUUACGCCAACCAGCUGCUCCUGGUGGGGUGAUAUCCCUCAAUGGCAGAUUUGAGAUACUAUCGUUGUCAGGUGCAUUCUUGUCGGCACCAUCGCCGUCAGCAGCCACUGGACUUGCGGUUUACUUGGCUGGUAGUCAGGGCCAAGUACUGGGCGGCACCGUGGUGGGUGCAUUGGCGGCAUCAGGGCCUGUAAUGGUGGUUGCUGCCACAUUUACCAAUGCAAGAUAUGAAAGGUUGCCUGUAGAAGAGGAGCAGGCUAGUGAAGAAAUCCAAUUACAGCCCUCAUCAAGAAGGAGUUCAGGUCCUUCAGGAACUGGUGGUGCUUUGCGGUCCCAAUCUCAUUGUUUACCGAUGGAUGCCCCAGCGUCGUUUGUAGGUUUAUAUAAUUCACCCCCGAAUUUUCUACCUGCCAAUGGUCAAAUGCCGCAUGAUAGCUUUUGGACGGCCCCUCUACGGCCUCCACCUUCCUAUUGAGGCUGGCUGACAGAUCGGAAAGUGAGACAAAUUACUGAACAUUGUUGGCAUUGAAUUACUGAACAUUGAUGGCAUCCAUGUUUGGUGGGGAAUAUCGAAUAUGAAUUGACACAAUUGUAGAAGAGAAGAACUUCUGAUCUUGUUCUUUAUAAUUAUCUAUGCUGUCCAGUCACACACUGAAGGUUCGCAGGUAAAAUGAUCUAGUUGAUCCGGGACUCAGGACUGAGAUGCAAAAUUGAAGGAAUAUGGUAAAUGGUGUUUAAAACAUUACUAAUAAUUAAGGGUGGAAAGCUUUAGAACUAGGGACAAGGUUACCAUACCUAUCUGGAAGAGGACUGGCUCUUCUUGAACCUAUCUUGUAAGUUCUUUGAAGGCAUAGGAAUUGAGAAGGAACGUUUAGGCUUUCUGGAAGAUUUUGUAUUCCUUGUAACUUCCUGUUUCACUGAUCUUCAUGUUUAACGACUUUACAAAUAAUCCAACAAUGGAACAAUUGAAAUCAGUUCACAGAAUAAUGGGACAUCUUUCUCAACUGGUACG